UCCUAUUGGCUCUAUCUUUAUAAGGCCACGACUCUUUAUCCUUCGUAGCCAACGACCUUCGUACCCUAAGAAGAACUUCAGGAAUUGGCGGAAAUUGAUCUCGCGCUUAGAGCCAAUGAGCGCGCAGAGACUGCAGAAGUGACCGGGUCACCGAGCUGGAGUCCGCUGUUCGGUCCUCCUCCCUUGCUUUUAGCUUCUCCAAAGCCGCCUUCUUCUGGGCCAAGGUAGUUGAGUCUUUUCCGCUAGCCUCGGCGGGGACAGCGAACGGCACCACCUCCGCGGGCCUUGGAACGCUUCCGACCGUGCGGCUCCACGAUGCGGCGGGGCCUGAAUGCGUGAAGCUGCCCUCGGAGCGUCGGGCAGUGUGACACUUAUAGGAAAGUGGAACAGAGAAGGAAGUUUUGGCCUAAGAGUCUGUGAAUGUGAAUGCUGUCAUAGGACAACAAAUUGAAUUUUAAAAAAAAGACUUUAUUUCUUCAUAUGGCAUAGAAGAUGAGUUCUGUCACCAUGAAUGAUGAGCCUGAUGCACUUUCGGUGGUUAACCAGCUUCGGGAUCUUGCAGCAGAUCCGCUAAAUAGACGAGCCAUUGUCCAGGAUCAAGGAUGUCUGCCAGGCCUCAUUUUGUUUAUGGACCACCCCAAUCCUCCUGUUGUCCACUCGGCUUUGCUAGCGCUACGCUACUUGGCAGAAUGCCGGGCUAACAGAGAAAAGAUGAAAGGAGAACUGGGUAUGAUGUUGAGCUUGCAAAAUGUAAUACAAAAGACUACAACUCCAGGAGAGACUAAACUUCUGGCUUCUGAAAUCUAUGACAUCCUUCAGUCAUCCAACAUGGAAGAUACUGGCAAUGUCAAUGAAAUGAACUCUCGUAGAAGGAAAGCUCAGUUUUUUCUUGGAACUACAAACAAGCGUGCCAAAACAGUGGUUUUACAUAUAGAUGGCCUUGAUGAUUCUGAGUAUAUAUGGGGAAAAGAUGAUUCCUGUGGUCUCUCAGGAAGAGAAGAGAUUGCAAGAAAAUAUGUAAGAAAGUCUCGGAGAAAUCUUUGUGAAGAGGCCUUGUUGAAAAUUAAAGGAGUUAUUAGUUUUACAUUUCAGAUGGCUGUUCAGAGAUGUGUUGUACGAAUCCGUUCAGAUUUGAAAGCAGAGGCUUUGGCAACAGCAAUAGCAUCAACCAAAGUUAUGAAAGCCCAGCAAGUUGUAAAAAGUGAAACAGGAGAAGAAAUGCUGGUCCCAUUUCAAGAUACUCCUGUAGAAGUAGAACAGAAUACAGACCUACCUGACUAUCUGCCUGAGGAUGAGAGUCCUAUAAAAGAACAAGAUAAAGCAGUGUCUCGAGUUGGGUCACAUCCAGAAGGUGGAGCCAGCUGGUUGAGCACUGCAGCAAACUUUUUAUCCCGUUCCUUUUACUGGUGACUUAAAUUCGAGGCUCAAGGACUGUAUGAACCAACAAGGGGCCAGUUUUCCAUUGGUGUGGUGAACUGUCAAGUGCAAUUUGCAAUAAGUUAUCAUGAAAAGUUUUUAGAUUACACAAUUACGUAUGCUGCAUUUUACAUUUUAUUGGACGUUUAACCUGUCAGGUAGUUAAAGGGACAGAGGCCUCAGAUGGGAUUGCUUUGUUUGAAGGGUAUUUCUUGGUUUUUGUUUUCCUGUGUUUUAUUCUUUCACUUAAAAAAUAUAUACAUAUAUGGGUCCACUAUUAAAACCAAAUCUUUAUGCAGCUUUAAAUUUUAUUUCACAUGAAAUAUGUGAUUAGACAGAUUUUCUACUAAAGUCUCAGGACUUUGUUUGCAGGGUAAUUCUUUUUAUCCCAAGUUAUACCUGAAUUGUUAAAUUUUUGGGGGGAGGAUGGGGGAUGGUAGGGGGAGGGGGGUGUUCCUUGUUUCUAAUGAAGGAUGUUGGUUUUGGUACUCUUUACCAGGAAGCCAGAAGAAUAUACACCUGCUUAUUCUUUCCCCUUUUUCUACCCCUUUUGUUUUUGCCAACCAUAUUUGCAGAAGCAUAAUUUUCUGUAGCAUUUUAUGUAUUAGAAUUUAUCUUUUUGAACACAGUGAUUCCUAUAAUACAUUCUAAAUUAUUUUGUUACCCCCAAAACAUUGAUAUUUUGUAUGUAUGGUUGACAAAGAAUUGAGAAGAGGAAACUGUGGUUGUGUUGUUAAUUAUAUUGCUUU